AUUACCUACUAAGAGAAAGUCUUUGCUCAGUGCAAAUAAAACAUUAAGCACACAUUUCUGUGGAAGUGUGGCACAGGACACCAAGCUAAGUGCUCAAACAGAGGAAGGCUGAAGCUACAUGCAGAGACCAAGAAGGACGAAGUGAAGAUCAUUCUGCAGCAGGUUAUCAUCAUCUUCAACAUCUGCAACCAUAAAGAUGCUGUCUCUGGCUUUACUUGUGUGUGCAAUGAUGGCUCUGACCAGAGCUACCGCUAUAUGGCCGGUGGAUGAGGAACAGAAUUAUCCAGAAGGACCUUUACCAACCCUACUUCCAACGCCAGCAGAUAUAGGACUCGAAUGGCACCCACAUUGUCCUGACGGCUGGGUGAAGACCCCGUCCACCAUCCAGUGUCUCCGCUACGUUGCAAAAGAAAUGACUUGGAGCGAAGCUGAGAGCAACUGCUAUUCACUGGGUGGAAACCUUGCAUCUGCAAUGUUGGACAUUCAGCCCUCCGAGGAAUUUCUUGACGUGAUGAAAAAAGGCGGUCAAAAGUCUGGACAGGUGUGGGUUGGAGGGUAUAAUACAGCAGAGGAUCCUAGGUGGCAAUGGAGUGAUUUGGUGUCCUACGGCUUUGAUAACUGGUGUUCUGGAGGGCCUGACAACCGCAAGAACCACUGUGUACAACUAACCAUUGACGAUAAUAAAGCUUCGGGAUGUUUGGACGACAGGAACUGUGACACUAAGCUCCCGUCCAUCUGCGGCAUUAUAAUCUAUUGAGUCCUCGGCUCAAAGAGAGGAACGGUCCACCUGCUGCAGACACAAACACCGCUCCAUCACCAUCUCAAAUAUAGAACCUGAGGGAUCCGUGUCUCAUGCUACAUUGAUUUUCUUUUGCUGCAACACUUCUCAAUUAAACAAGAGGCAGAAUAUCUCUUCCAUCUUCUGCCUUUAAUAAGAGCAGACUGAAUGUGUUGAAUGCUUUUAACACAACUUUAGUCUGCACAGUGAUCUUUUUCUUUCUUUCUUUUUUUGCAAAUUAAAAA